UGGCUGAAGGCGCCCGGCGAGGGUGAGUGGGGGGCGCGGCGCAGCCAGCCGGCGAGUCCUCGCGCGGGCAGGGCCAGCGGCGCCUUCCCCGCGGCCUGGCGCCGGAGCCACCAUGUCGUUCGCGCUGGAGGAGACGGUCGAGUCGGACUGGGUGGCCGUGCGGCCCCACGUAUUCGACGAGCGCGAGAAGCACAAGUUCGUCUUCAUCGUAGCCUGGAACGAGAUUGAGGGCAAGUUUGCCAUAACCUGCCACAACCGGACGGCCCAGAGGCAGAGGAGCGGCACCCGGGAUCAGGCGGGGGCGCGAGGCGGUGCCGAGUCAGGCGCGCUCGCAUCCGACGGGACUCGCGGGCCGGGCAGCCCGGCGGGCAAGGGUCGGUCCGAGGCCACUGCCUCCGCGACUCUGGGCAGGAGCCCCGGGUCCCGGAGGCGCCCAGCCUGGCCAGAGGGCAGCUCUCCGCGGAGCGCGUGCAGCCUUCGAGGGGACCCAUCGCUGCGGAGUCCGGCCGGCAAAGGGGCGGAGAGUCCUCUCCGGAGCCCGGUGAGGGCCAACCACAGCCCGGUCCGGAGGGCAUCCGGAGGCAGAGAUGUGGCGGGGUCCGCCGCUGCGGCAGCCCCUCCGGCGGCCAAGGAGGCCCCGAUGUCGUCGGUGCGGGUAGUGAGCGCCUGCGGGACGGUCGCCGAGGAGAUCGAGGUGCUGGAAGUGGUGAGGGAAGAUGAGGCGGACCCGGCGGCGCCGGCGCUCUCGGCCGCGGAGCAGCCACCGCCGGCCGCCGAACUGGAGUCUCCGGCCGAGGAGUGCAGCUGGGCCGGGCUCUUCUCCUUCCAGGAUCUGCGCGCCGUGCACCAGCAGCUGUGCUCCGUGAACUCGCAGCUGGAGCCGUGCCUGCCGGUGUUUCCGGAGGAGCCGUCGGGCAUGUGGACGGUGCUGUUCGGGGGCGCCCCGGAGAUGUCCGAGCAGGAGAUCGACACGCUGUGUUACCAGCUCCAGGUUUACCUGGGCCACGGCCUGGACACCUGCGGCUGGAAGAUCCUGUCCCAGGUGCUGUUCACCGAGACCGACGACCCGGAGGAGUAUUACGAAAGCCUGAGCGAGCUGCGGCAGAAGGGCUACGAAGAAGUGCUCCAGCGGGCCAGGAAGCGCAUCCAGGAGCUCUUGGAUAAGCACAAGAAUACAGAGAGCAUGGUAGAGCUUCUGGACUUGUAUCAGAUGGAGGACGAAGCCUACAGCAGCCUUGCAGAAGCCACAACUGAACUCUAUCAGUAUUUACUGCAGCCAUUCCGAGACAUGCGAGAACUUGCUAUGCUACGAAGACAGCAGAUCAAGAUUUCUAUGGAAAAUGACUACCUGGGCCCCCGAAGAAUUGAAAGUCUACAGAAAGAGGAUGCUGACUGGCAGCGGAAAGCCCACAUGGCCGUGCUGUCCAUUCAAGAUCUUACCGUCAAAUACUUUGAAAUAACAGCUAAAGCUCAAAAAGCUGUGUAUGAUCGAAUGCGAGCAGAUCAGAAGAAAUUUGGUAAAGCGUCAUGGGCAGCAGCCGCUGAGCGUAUGGAAAAACUUCAGUAUGCAGUUUCUAAGGAGACUUUGCAGAUGAUGAGAGCUAAAGAGAUCUGUUUGGAACAGAAGAAACAUGCUCUAAAAGAAGAGAUGCAGAGUCUACAGGGCGGUACAGAAGCCAUAGCUCGAUUGGAUCAGUUAGAAGCCGAUUAUUAUGAUCUGCAACUUCAGUUGUAUGAAGUGCAAUUUGAAAUCUUGAAGUGUGAAGAGUUGCUGUUGACAGCACAGCUGGAAAGCAUCAAAAGACUUAUAUCAGAAAAGAGAGAUGAAGUGGUAUACUAUGACACUUACGAAAGCAUGGAGGCCAUGCUGGAGAAGGAAGAGAUGGCAGCGUCUGUGCAUUUUCAGAGAGAAGAACUUCAGAAACUUCAGCAGAAAGCACGCCAGCUGGAGGCAAGACGUGGACGGGUUUCGGCCAAGAAAGCAUACCUCAGAAAUAAAAAGGAAAUUUGUAUUGCAAAACACAAUGAAAAAUUCCAACAGCGCCUUCGGAGUGAAGAUGAGUAUAGAACCCACCACACAGUACAACUAAAAAGAGAUAAAUUACAUGAUGAAGAAGAAAGAAAAAGUGCCUGGGUUAGCCAAGAAAGACAGAAAACACUGGAUAGACUUCGAAAUUUUAAACAGAGAUACCCAGGCCAGGUCAUACUUAAAUCAACCCGAUUGCGACUGGCUCAUGCAAGAAGAAGAAGUACAGCCAGUCCCGUGUCCUGUGAAGACCAGUGUGACAGCCUGCCAGGAGUGCUCCAGGUCGAAGAGAAAAGGGAGGCAGUGGACGAAGGAAGGGCCAAGCUCAGGUCAUCACAGGCAGCAGACGCCCAGAGCCCCACCCCACCUGAAGGUCAUCCGUCAGCACAACUUGAAGCCACCUCAUCACUUCCCAGCGGCUUUACUGCUGAGCUGCCUGCCCCUGUGUCUCGUCCACUGUUGAACACUGUUGACUGCAAAGCAGGCUCUGUCCCAGUGGGGCCACUCCCACCCCCUCUGCCUCCCCCGCCCCCCCCGCCCCCCCCGCCCCCCCCACCGCCACCUUUGCCCGUGGGUCAGGACGGCGCCCCCGAGACCCUGGAGAAAGGCCUGCCCCAGAUGGAAGGGAGCGAGAAGAGGAUCCCAAAGUCAGCCAGUGCCCCUUCAGCACAGCUCUUCGACAGCAGCCAGCUCGUCAGCGCCAGGAAGAAGCUCAGAAAGACGGCUGAAGGCUUGCAGAGGAGGAGAGUGAGCUCACCCAUGGAUGAGGUGCUAGCUUCCUUGAAGCGUGGUAGUUUCCAUCUGAAAAAGGUUGAACAGCGAACUCUGCCUCCUUUUCCUGAUGAAGAUGAUAGUAAUAACAUCUUGGCACAAAUAAGAAAGGGGGUAAAAUUGAAGAAGGUACAGAAGGAAGUCUUGAGAGAAUCCUUCACGCUUCUGCCUGACACAGACCCUCUAACACGGAGCAUCCAUGAAGCUCUUAGAAGAAUCAAAGAAGCAUCCCCUGAAUCAGAGGACGAAGAGGAGGCUUUGCCUUGCACAGACUGGGAAAACUAACAAGUAACUCAACAGAAUGAAAAAAACACCUACAGUUGAACAUUGGCUCUUGAAAAAUUGUAAACAUUUGGUUCCACGAUUGGAUUCUAUUAGAUCCAAAAUGUAUUGGCUCAGUGGUGUGAAAAAGGAAGCACAACGGGCAAGUUACCACUUUUCCAGUCAUUCCAGUAGAUGGUGGUUUACCUGAGUUUUAGAUGUGCAAUAUUCCUGACUGCAGUGAAGAAACGGCCUCUGAAGAUUCCUGUUUUUAAGCACCUUCCCCACCUGUCCACCCGUUUACAUCCUUAUAGUGGCCAGUAAAGCUCGGGGUCGCUAUGAGUUGGAAGAAACACUGGGUUGACGGAUCUACUGUGAGCUGUGUUGAGACUGCUUUAAAAUCUGUCGUUCAGUGCACUGAAUAGUCACCUGCCCAAGAUACAGAGCUUGUUCUGUAUCAGCUUAAAUAGUGUGACCCUCUGAAAAAGAAGUUAAUUGUGAUAGCUAUAGGGUAGGAAUUGGAAGGAUCAGAUGGAAAUGCACUGACAAUUCCCACAUUAUUCAUCUCCAAGAGAUUUUCAUAAAGAUGCUCAGCAACAUCUGAAAAGAUACACGACCAUGGAGAUACACCUAUAACUGUGUUUACCACAACGUGAUACAUUUAACAUGGCAUAUUUUUAGAAGCCCACACACGUAACAGUUUGUAAAGUUUCAAAGUAACAAUUUCCAUGCUUUUAAAUAGCUCUUCAUAAUUGUGAAUUUAUAAUAGUUUGAAUUUUAUGUGCAGCUUUGUUUAUGAGA